AUGGCCGCGGCACUCAAGACCCUCAUUGUCCCGCCCGUGGGCGGCGGUAUGCCUAGCGCGACUGUAUUUCUCCUGCACGGACUCGGAGACACAGCACAAGGCUGGAUGGACGUUGCACGCAUGCUUGGGCAGAACCAGGCGCUGCAGCACGUCCGAUUCGUGCUCCCGACGGCGCCAGUGCAGCCCGUGACGGUGAAUAUGGGUAUGAAGAUGACCUCUUGGUUCGAUCUCUACUCGCUCACGAGCAUGGAUGAGGGAGAGGACGAGGCUGGUUUGAUGAAGAGUACCGAGGCCAUCCGUGGCCUUGUCCAGGAGGAAAUCAACGGCACUGCGUCGCAGCUCAACGGCCACAAGGUGCCGAGCAGUCGUAUUGUCGUCGCUGGCUUCUCCCAGGGUGGUGCCAUCUCCCUCCUCACGGGCCUGACGAGCCCUGCAAAACUUGCGGGGGUCGGCGCGCUCUCGACGUGGCUGCCCAUGUACGCAAAAGUGCCUGCAAUGCGCACACAAAGCGACUUUCCCAUCUUCCAGGCACACGGCACGAGCGAUCAGAUUGUGGAUUUCAAGUUUGGCGAGUCGACACACAAGCACCUCGCCAAUGACCUUGGCUUCAACAAGCUCGCGGAGUUCUUCCCCUACGAGGGAAUGCAGCACUCGGCGAGCCCACAAGAGAUUAUCGAUUUCGGCAAGUGGCUGGAACGUGUGCUUCCUAUUUAG